CAUAGAGGGUUUAUCGUUUAACAGUAGGAAGGAAGCCAAACUCUCACCGCAUCUUCAAAUCUGCACUUAUUUUCAACAGAUUUGAGCUAUUUAGCAAGUGAAGCACAUUGAGUCUAAACUGUUAACAGGCAUGGCAAGCUUGUUCACAACAUCAACCUUCACCUAUUCUCCUGUCAACAGUGGUACCAGGGAUUUCAGAAAGUUGGGUAAACCUUCUAUAAGAGGGUGUGGCAUAAAAGCAAUGAGGACAUCCUUGGAGGAAUUGUACAAUGUGAAGGUGGAAAGAAAAUUGUCUCCUGAAAGACUAGCUCAGCUUGGAGUUUCAACAUGGUCAGUGUGGAAGACUGGAAAAAGCAAGUUGCCCUGGGACUGGCAGGUAGACCAAUUGGUAUAUAUAGAAGAAGGGGAAGUGAGAGUUGUGCCUCAAGGGAGCAAGCGUUUCAUGCAAUUUGUGGCUGGAGACUUGGUCCGGUACCCCAAGUGGUUUGAAGCUGACCUCUGGUUCAAUGGUCCAUAUCAAGAACGUUAUAGUUUCCGAGCAUAUGGUGAUGAUUGUUGAUGAUGAUUAUGCUUGACGGUCACAUGAAAUAGCAUGUGAUAUCUUUGUAAUAGAUGUGUGUUUUAUGGUUUUGUAGUUCUAAAUAUACUACCAAUGUAUUUGGGGAAUACUUGUGAUGAUUUUCCAUUAUUUAAAAGAAAUGUUAAUCCU